UCUUGCCUUCAUGCGCCUUCGCGCACCUCUUGAGACAAAACUUUUUGUUUUCAACACCAAAAGCUCCCCUUUUGUGGAAUUGUGCGCCUACUUUGUGAUCAUUUAAUGAAGGGGAUUGUACCCCUAAAUGGGGGUGGAAAUGAUCUGUGUGUAUUUUGGGGGAUGAAUGAAAGAAAUUGUUGUGGGAGUAUUUUGUACAACAUAAUGUGAAGGAAGGAGUUGCUCUCUCUUGUGGCAAAAAUGUUCGGGUAUUUUUCCCUCGCGAAAAUGUCAAAGAGAAAAACGUAUGUGCGUUCUCUUUCACUCGCACAGGCACACAAUAUGGUGUCAUAAGUAAAAUGGCUCCCGAGGAAAACAUUGAAUUUUUCGUGACACUCACAAAUUAUCAUUUUGCUGUAGUUUUGCGGCUAUUUGUGACGCUAUCUGCGUGUUGAGUCUGAGCAAAAGGAAGAAGGAUUUGCUUCAGAGGUGCUAUGGAUAGCAUGGUGGAGGAAAACGGAAAUUCAAGUAUUGAUCCACUUUCGGAUCAAACAUCACCAUCGGAAACGAAUUCCGGAUCAGCCGUUCUGACCACAGCAGCCAAUAUAGUGCAAUUUAUCCCCACACAAGCUGUUCAAGUUUCACAGUCCGUGAUUCAAGCUAAUCAAUCGUCCGUGAUUCAGACAGCGACCAAUUUACAACCGAUGACCCUCGCAAAGGGUGUGUUGUAUGUGAAUAAAAAUAAUUCAGUGAUACACACAGCUCCGGCCGGGCUUCAAGUUAAGAUAAAACCCGAACCAAAUACAACACCUACCCAAGUACAAGUAAAUGAUACAAAUAGCGAAGAUGACAGCAUAACGGACGACGAAUCGCCCAAGAGGCGAAGAGAUUUGCUCACCAGGCGACCAUCCUAUCAUCGAAUUCUUAAAGAAAUCAGCGGACCGGACAUAGCUGUCCUGCCGACGACCACAUUGCAAAUCACCAACGUCCAGGGCGGUGACCCAACUGGGAGCUUACACACAAUUUCCACUCCCGGUGGCGGCGGAACGAUAGUGCAAUAUACCCAGGGUCAGGAUGGGCAGUUCUUUGUACCUGGUGGUCCCGUACUGGCGGAGGAUCAAUCGCGAAAGCGCGAGAUUCGGCUGCAGAAGAAUCGCGAAGCGGCGCGGGAGUGCCGGCGCAAGAAGAAGGAGUACAUCAAGUGCCUGGAGAAUCGAGUUGCUGUGCUUGAGAAUCAAAAUAAGGCGCUCAUUGAGGAGCUCAAGACACUCAAGGAGCUCUAUUGUCAAUCCAAGAACGAUUGAGGAUGGGCCUAUGUCAUUGCCGUCGUCGCCGCCAUUUACCACGCACGUGGAUUCCUCAUGCUACUACAACAACAUCAACCUCUACUUGUACUACUUGUCCGGAUACCCAAAAUUACUUCACACCCCCACCACCACCACCAUCAGCAUCAAACAAGGUAAGAAUGUUUACUUUGUCUUUUACUUUUGUAGCCCCUCAUCCUAGCAAAAGGGGCCGGAAGGGGGGAGGUGGUAGAUUUUCAAUGAAGAAGAAAUGUGGAGAAUUUUGAUAGAAAAAAAAAUGGAAUUUUUUGAAUGAAAGAUCUGUAGCAUUAGAAAAGAAAAAAAUUUUAACCAUGAAACGUUUCUCAAUGAAGAAUAAAUAAAAUUUUUAAAAUGAAAAAAUCUGUGUAAAAUCAACGAAUUGAAGAAUUUUUUUUUAAGGGUGAGAGAUUCUUUUUAAUUUUUUUUUUUGGCAAAAAAUAAUUCGGCAACUUCUGGACGAAUUUUUUCGUGAAAAGAAAAAUCCGUUAGCAGAGAAUUUCAGCGUUGUUUGUUUAUCUUUUUUUUUUUUAGAAGUUUCUCUUUUGUGAAUGAAGAGAAACAAAUGCAAAGGAAAAUUGGGAAAAUGAUCGUUUAGGGAAUUAUAGGAUGUGUCAAAAUUUAUGCAAAAUACUGUUGGAUGCUUAAUAAAGAAAAAAAAUUAACAGCAUUAACCAAGAGGUUGAAGAAUGAGGAAUUUUAAACAUUUAAUAUUGAGAAAAAUUAAUUUUUUUUUGCGAAAAGAAUUUUAUUUUUGAGUUUUAAUUUUUAUUCGUGAUUAAUUUCUUUAUUAAAAUUUUGAAUAUUUUUUUUUAAUGUUUUGGUGACUCACAAUUUUAAGCAAAAAAUUUUUAGAUCCGAAAAUUCUUGAAAUAUCUAUUGAAGAAUGGAUCGUAUUCUGCGACCAAAAAAAUCAUUCAAAUUGUUUAAAAUUCAAAACAAAUUUCUAAGAUUUCAAAAUCAAACAAAUAAUUUUCCAUAAAAAUUCUUUAAAGCAUCCAAAUUAAUUUUUGCAUAACUUUUGAGGCAUUCAAUAAUUUUUUUUUGAAUCUUCUUUAAAAGUAAAUUUAUAAAAAUAACUUAAAAAAAAAAAAAGAAUUCUAGUAAAACAGUGGAGUGGACGCGUGAAGGGACACAGAGAUAAUUAAUUAAAUGAAAAAAAAAACUUAUUUUCUUCAAGAAAAAAAUCUACUUUUUUGUGUAAAUAGAUAAUUUAGAGAAAAAAAAAGAAGAAAAAAAAUGAAUGAGAGCGAGAAAGGUUAAAGAGAAAGAAGAAAAAAAUCUUACUAUAAAUAAAUUUUAAAUGAAGAAAUCUAUAUAUAUAUAAAUUAUUCUUAACUACUUGUAACAAGAGAUGAAAAAAAGGUGGUUAAAUCCUGUUGUAAAUGUAUAUCCCUCAAAACUUUUUUUUUCUUCUUCUUUCUCUCCCUCACAGUGACAAAACCACACUGUAGAAGGGAUGAAGAAGAAAGGAAAGAAGAGAAAAAAAUGAAUAAAUGUUUAAGAAUUUGUAUUAAGUUGUUUGAUGAAGAAAAAAACAAGGUGUAAUCAAACUUAAAUACACGAGAAAUUAUGUAAUAUAUAUAUAUAUAUACUGUGGAGAUUAAGGUUUAAUGAAGAAGCAGAAAAAAAUGAUGAAGAAGUAGAAGAAAAUCAGUGAGAAGAAUAGGAAAAAAAAAUAAAUAGAAAUAACCAUAUUUUUGCUAUGACUGUGAAAAAGAAACUCUAAAAAUAAAAAGUUAGAUGAAAAUUAUAUUUCAAAAAACCACACACAACACACAAGAAAACCUUUUAAGAAGAGCAAAAUGGACACACUAACCCCCUUAAAAGAUAAAAAGAAGUUUAAAAAAAAAAAGUAGAGAAAAUUCAGCAAUUUUCCCGUCUUUUAGAGAAAAAUUUCUUAUGGUGCUAUGCAGGAAAAGAAUGUCAAGAGAAAAUGAUCAUGACAUUUUUUCCUGACAUUUUUUUGUCAUUCCCUCUCACUCCCACUAAUGUAUUUCUGUAUCUUUCGUCUUUCUCUGACGCAUGCUUCCGACAUUUUCAUCAUUCCUUUUUGUGCACUCAACAUGUUUUUCAUUUCGUAUUAUUUUCUCAGUAUUUGGGGAUAUUUUUCCAUGAAAAAGUGAAAAUGGGCUUUCCUGAAGUGUUCUCAGUGCCAGGAAAGCCGUGAAAAGUGGAAAUUUAUGGUCAUUUAGCGGCCAAAUAUGUGCAAAUGCGCGAAGUGAAAAAUCAAAACAUUCUUUCCCUGACCAAUUUUUACGGGAUACUUUUCUGGAUUUUGACCACACAAAUCAGUUCUUGCGGGCUUUUUGUACCUUCCUACAGGUCAUCUGCAGAGGGAAGGUCUGCUUGGGGUCAGGGAAAUGCUUUCUGGGUGGUGGAAUCCCACCUAACGCGAAAACCUGGUCCGGGAGUGAAUGUUUUGCUGUCGAACUUCACUGUUUUCACUUAUUUGGCCGAUAAAUACCCACGAUUUUCCACUUUUCACACUUUCACAGGCACUAAGAACACUUCCACAAGCCGCUUUUCACUUUUUCCGAGCUAAAAUAUCUUAAUUUACAGAGAAAAUUCACGAAAACUAAGAAACGUGUUGACUACGCAAGAGCUUGAAAAAGAAUGUCGCAGGAACAUGUUUUUUUCUGUCAUUCUUUUUCCAGCUCUUGUGAAGUCAACGUAUUUGUAAGUUUUCUGCAAUUUUCUCUGUAAAUUGUGAUAUUUUAGCUCGGGAAAAGUGAAAAGCGGCUUGUGGAAGUGUUCUAAGUGCCUGUGAAAAUGUGAAAAGUGGAAAAUCGUGGGUAUUUAUCGGCCAAAUAAGUGAAAACUGUGCAGUUUCUACAGCAAAACAUUCACUCCCGGACCAGUUUUUCCGUGUUCAGGUUGGAUUCCACUACCCAGGAAGCAUUUUCCUGCCCCCCACACAGACCUUCCUUGUUGCAGAUGACCUGUGGGAAAGUCCAAAAAACCUGCAGGAAGUGAUUUGUGUCGUGAAAAUACAGAAAAAUUGGUCAGGGAAAGAAUGUUUUGAUUUUUCACUUCGCGCAUUUGCACAUAUUUGGCCGCUAAAUGACCAUAAAUUUCCACUUUACACGGCUUUCCUGGCACUGAGAACACUUCAGGAAAGCCCAUUUUCACUUUUUCAUGGAAAAAUAUCCCCAAAUACUGAGAAAAUAAAACGAAAUGAAAAACAUGUUGAGUGCACAAAAAAGAAUGAUGAAAAUGUCGGAAGCAUGCGUCAGAGAAAGACGAAAGAUACAGAAAUACAUUAGUGGGAGUGAGAGGGAAUGACAAAAAAAUGUCAGGAAAAAAUGUCAUGAUCAUUUUCUCUUGACAUUCUUUUCCUGCAUAGCACCAUUACACAU